AAGAGCCCCUGCCGGAGCUCAGCCAGGCUUAGGACCACCAGCGGGGCCCGGCUUUCCGCAGUCCAGGGCUCUGGCUGGGGUCAUGACUAGGGCCGCUCUGGACUGUGUUCCCGGGAGCACAGCUCUGUUCAUCUGACCUCUCUGUAUCCUUCGCAUCGCUGCCGGGGUUCCUGGCUCUCCCGUCACUCCAGCCUCGGCCAGGUCGACCCGUCUGGGGCCACCGGCUUGGAUGGACGCGCUGAGGCUGCCCCGGCGUCCAGGGGUCCUGCUUCCGAAGUUAGUCCUGCUGUUUGUCUACGCAGAAAAUUGCUUUGCUCAGUGUGGCAAAGACUGCAGAUCUUACUGCUGCGAUGGAAGUACACCCUACUGCUGCUCCUACUACGCCUAUAUCGGGAACAUUCUCUCGGGCACUGCGGUUGCCGGCAUCGUGUUUGGAGUUGUGUUCAUCAUGGGGGUCAUCGCGGGCAUUGCCAUAUGUGUCUGCAUGUGUAUGAAGAGCAGCCGGGGGGCCCGGGUGGGAGUCAUCAGAGCUGCCCACGUCAACGCCAUCUCCUAUCCUGUGGCACCACCCCCCUAUACGUAUGACCAUGAGAUGGAAUGCUGUGUAGACCUGCCUCCACCAUACUCUCCAGCCCCACAAGCUUCAGCCCAGCGCUCUCCACCCCCUCCUUAUCCUGGAAACUCAAGGAAAUAUUCCUCCUCCCAGGACUGAAUAUGUGCCAAUUAACAGUUUUGCCUAGAACAAAAUGCCUCAGUUUAGAAACACACAAAAAAUUAAUUGUCUACUGUUUAGGGUUCUCAGGCAGAACACCCAUGUGCACCAGGCUCCUUCUCCGCUCAGAGCUGACCCUCCCUGUGUGGAGAAUUAUGCUUGGUUCUCUGACGUCACAUAUUAAGUGAUUUACUGAUCCACCCAAGCACAGUCAGAUUAAAGCAGUGCACUUGGCAGACCCUCUGAGCAUCAUGCUGCCUUAGGACUAACUGGAGGAGAUUUCAGCAUUGAGCCUGGAAUAAAGACAACACACGCUAGUCUGGUCUAUAUCAGGAAAGAGCUGUAUUGCGUGUACCUUUAGAUGAACUAGGAUGAUUCAUUACUUCUUUUGUCCACAAAUAUGUAUUAAGUGCCUUAGAGCCUGCUCUGUGCCUGACACCCCUGCGGCCACUGGGUGGAAGUAGCCAGAAGGGAACUUUGGUUUUGGCACAGGCAUACCUCAUCUUGUUGCACUUUGCCCUUUUGCACUUUGCAGGUGUUGCAGUUUUUAUAAAUUGAAGGUCUGUGGUAACCUUGUGCCAAACAGUGUCAUUCUGCCAACAGUAGGAGCUUGCUUCCUAUCUUUGUAAUUUUGAUAAUUAUCAAAAUAUUUCAAAUGUUUUAAUUGUUGUUAUACUAUGUCUAUUAUAGUGAUCUGUGUUCAACAAUGGUUGAUGUUAUUAUUGUGGUCUUUUGUUUUGGGUUUCAUGAACUCUACCCCCAUAAAACAGUGAGCUUGGUAGAUUGACAAAUAUCAUGUGUGUUGGGUCUGCUCCACUCUAAAGCUCCACCCUUUCCUCCCCCAUCUCUCCCUAUUCCAAGAAUAGUAUUGAAAUUAAGCUAAUUAAGGGCCAACAAUGGCCUUUAAAUAUUCAAGCUAAAAGAAGAAUCCUAUCUCUUGUGUUAAACUCAAAGCUGGAAACAAUUCAUCUUGAUGAGAAAGGCAUGCUCAAAUCUAGGAUAAGCUAAAAGGCCAGCCUCUUAUACUGUGUCCAUAAGGUAAGACGUAAACAAAAAUGAGAAUUUCUUGAAGGAAACUAAAACUGCCUUUCUCCAAAUACCUGCAUGAUAGAAAAGAGUGAAGGGACCCCAUUGUUUCUAAGGAGUACUCUUCAGUGUUGUGGGUAGCAGAUCAAAAUAAUCAUAUACUCGAGUCAUAAAGCUUAACCCAGAGCUGGGACCUAAUUCUCUUCAUUCUACAAAGGCUAGCAGAGGUAUAAGAAAAUUUAAGCAUAACUUAGAUGCUGUAAGAGAAAGAUUUGAAGGGAGCAGAGUUCUGGUCCUGGAGUGAAGGAAAGGAGCUACCUCUGAGGAUCAAAGUGCAAAGUGAAGCAGCAGUCACUCACUACUCCGGGAAUUGCAGCUCAUUCUCCUGAAGCCCUAGCCAUCGCACAUAAGGAUGGCUACAAUAAACCAGAGUCUUAAUGUAAAUCAAAGACCCUACUGGUAGAAGACAUGGCCUUCUAGAACUUCCAAAACAAAAAACAAAAGAAUAAGAAGAAGAGGAAGAAGAAAAAGAAGAAGUCAUCCUAACUCCAAAGCCUCAAAGACAAGCUGGCUUUCUUGUUAAUAUCUGUAAAACAACGGGCGUCUAUCACAUGAAGCCAGUUUUCAAUAUUCAUUUGCUAGUCAAAAAUCUUAGCUCUCUUAAGAAUAUACUAAAUAUACUCUGCCUACAGUCUACAGACAGAACAACCAAGUCCAUUUUCAGUGUAGUUUAAUGAAUGUUUUGAGCCAAGUGUUAAGACCUACUGCUCAGGGAAGGAAAUACAAGGUUUCUUUCAAAAUCGUAAUGCUUAUUGACAAUGCACUUAUCAUCCAAGUGUUCAGCUGAAGGUAUACAAAGAGACAAGGAUGUUAUCAUGUUUACUAAUGAUCCCAUACCCGCUCUGGCUCUCAUAGACUAUGGUUAACUUCAACUUUCAAAACGUACUGUUUAUGAGAUCAUAGCUGACACAGAAAUGGGGUCUUCUGGAGGCUUGACGAAAUAAAUUAGAAGCAUCCUGGAAAGGACUCACAACUGUAGAUACCAUCCAGAUCAUCCAUGAUUUAUGAAACGAGGUCAGGAUAUCAAUAUUAAUGUACAUUUUGAAGAAGUUGAUUUCAACUGUCAUGCAUAACUUUGAAAGUUUUAAGGUUUUGGUGAAGGAGGUGCAUGCAGAUACGGUAGAACCACAAAAGAACUAGAAUUAGAGAAGGAACUUGGAGGCGUAACUCAAUUACUACAUCUCAUGAUAUCACUAUGAUAUGAACAAUUGCUUCUUAGGGGUGAGCAAUGAAAAGUGGUUUCUUCAAGUGAAAUAUACUUCCCGGAAAAUGUACUGCAGGCAGAGAUGAUAUGAUAGCAAGAGUUUAUGGAAUUUUUAAGUGAUUUCAUGUCAGCAGCAGGAUGAGAGAUAACUACAAAUCUGAAGAAUGCUGCAGAGAACUGUUUCAUGAAGAGAAGUUUUCAACCUAUGCAUCAGGCUUCACUGCCAUCCUAACAGUCUUUCAGCUUCAGCAACCACCAGCAUAACCACUGAGCAGCUAUCACCAUGCCACCACCAAAAAGACUUGGACCUGCUGAAAGCUCAGGUGCUAGUUGCCAUUUUUUUUUACCAAUAAAAUAUUUUAAUGAGUGUGCAUACAUUGUUUUGAAGACACUUAAUAAGCUGUAGUGCAUUAUAAACUUAAUUUUAAUGAGCACUGGAAAAGGAGUAUCCCUGUGACUCCCUUGUGAAAUUCCUUUAAAAGAAAGACAAACAGCCUCAUGGGUGACAUCAAAGUGUUACUGGUAUGGGAGAAAAAUCAAACCCAUGCCAUGUCUAACGUAUAUCUGUGUUAAAAAAAAAGAAAGAAAGAAAGAAAGAAAGAACAGUUGCAGAAUUACUGUUGAUUACAUAGCUUUGUGAAAAUCCCUUCCAUCAAGAUUCCACACAAAAUCUGGCAGUGUAGUAAAGAAAUAUUCUAGAAAGUAUGUCUAAAAAAUGAAUAGCAAAUUAGUCCUUUGAGCCUCAAAUUUUUGCUUAUGUUUUAGGUAUGUUUGUAGUGACCAGCCGUGUCCCCAGCAGUGAAAGCAGCAGAUGAAUCAUAUCCAUUUAAUUUGAUUAUUUACAAAAGAUCAAAAACCCUCAAUUGGUUCUGGGGCUACGAUCUCCAUAGUCAUUACUAACCCCUCCCAAGAACCACUUGGCUUUAGUCACAGGUAUGAUGAAGGUUGCUCCAACUGUGGAAUAAAAGGUGAAAAGCCAAUAUUCCUAGGGUUUUACAUCAGUAGCAAAAGGCCAUAAUUUGACCAUAUACAACACACUCUUUUAAGGGGUAAAUAAAAUAUUUCUUUCUACAGAAAUAUACCUCAAUGUAGUAGCCAAUUUUUUCCCUUUUUAUAAACUUUAAAUAAUCCAUUUUUUUAGAAAGUUACAGAAUUAAUGGGAAGGGGUUAGAAGGCACCAUGUGGCCUUUUGCCAAGGACAGACGUGUACGAAGUGCUUACCAUUAAAUGCAAAAGCAGUCAAUAUAAAAUCAAAUGUACCAUGUUCUAGUGAGACUGACCUUCACAUUUGUAUUUUUAUGUGGAUCCUUUCUCUACUUUAAAACUAAGUGGGCACUAGACAUGUAAGAUAGGAUAGACGUACUAAAAUCUAUACACCUAAGGAAGCUAAACGAGAAGGAGGACCCUGGGUAAGAUGCUCAAUCCUCACUCAGAAAGACAAACGGGAUGGACAGUGGAAGGAGAAAACAGGAAACAGGACAGGAGCCUACCACAGAGGUCCUCUGAAAGACUCUACCCAGCAGUGUAUCAAAGCAGAUGCUGAGACUCAUAGCCAUACUUUGGGCAGAGUGCAGGGACUCUUAGGAAAGAAGGGGGAGAUAGUGGGACUUGGAGGGUACAGGAACUCCACAAGGAAAGCAACAGAACCAAAAUAUUUGGGCACAGAGGUAUUUCUGAGACUGAUACUCCAACCAAGGACCAUUUGUGGAUAUAACCUAGAACCCCUGCACAGAUGUAGCCCAUGUCAGCAUCCAAGUGGGUUCCCUAGUAUGGGGAACAGGGACUGUCUCUGACAUGAACUCAGUGGCUAGCUCUUUGAUCUUCCCUCCCACCCACCAAGGGAGGAGCAGCCUUGCUAGGCCACAGAGGAGGACAUUGCAACCAGUCCUGAUGAGACCUGAUAAGCUAGGGUCAGAUGAAAGGGAAGGACCUUCCUUAUCAGUGGACUUGGAGAGGGGAAUGGGAGGAAAUGAGCAAGAGAGGGUGGGACUGUGAGAGAAUGAGGGAGCGGGAUACAGCUGGGAUACAAAAUGAAUAAACUGUAAUUAAUAUAACAAAUAAUAAUUUAAAAAACGAUUUGCUGACCACUAAGAACCUUUAUGCCACUUUAAAAGGAAACCUAAAACACUUAAUUCAAUAUCAGGAUUAUAAAUCAGUAACAUUCUAAAAUGACACUAAGAAACUUGACAAAUAGCCAAAAGAAAUACUUUCUAGUAUAAGUUAUGGAAUCCAUGCUUGUAGUUGAGAAACUCAAUAUGAGUUAAUAGUGCUGAUUACUGUAUCAAAUCUCCACAUUAGAAAUGUGUCGAUCUGACUGAACAUGGUCUACAGAAGGAAUUGAGGCUAGAUUUGUUUUGAGUGGCUUGCUUGGCUAAGGCAAGGAUAAUCUUAGCUUCAGAGGAGAUGGAAUGCCUCCAAGAGUUCUGGCUGUUCUAGUGAGAGGCUCCCUGCCUCACAUGAAGUAUUGGCAUAGGGUUAAACAGUACACAGGCUUGAAUUUAUUUUUUCUCUGCAAAUGUGAUUAGUUUACACUACUCUGCAGCUAUAAUUCACAAUGCCAAACUGCCUGUGGUUUGAGAAUGUUGUUUGCAAAUGCAGUACAUGUUCCUAAAGAAACAUAGUGAGGUAAGACUUCUGAAAAGGAAUGUUGGUCUUCACACUAAUGUACCCCUACCACAUGCCUUCUACAUUCUAUAAAUCUUGCCUGCAUGGGAACCACCUCUGUCCACACCAUCUCUCAUUGAGUCAUGUAUGGGUUCCCCUAAGGCACAGCACAAAUCUAUAUAUUUACAGUAGAGGAAGGAUUUUACUGUUUUUAUUAGUGUCGUAAUAACAAAUGAAUAUGUCAUAGAUGCCUGAAGCUCACUGAUUAUUUCCACAAAUGAUGUAUAUUGGAAGAAAACAAUAUUUGAUGUAAAAAAAAAAAAACUGGAAUAUGGUUACUUAAGAACUAACAAACGCUAUGGCUAAAUUGUUUACAAUGAGCAAUAAAAUGAAAGAACGUACUAUAAUAAGAA